AUGUCUUCAAUCAAGCAGGAGGUCGAGGAGCCUCUACCAUGGCAUCUGGGUGUUUUCGAUGCCCACUGUCAUCCUACAGAUACCGUAGCCUCCUUAGGGGAUAUUGCUCACAUGAAGACCAAGACACUUACUAUCAUGGCCACUAGGCAGCAAGACCAAGGCCUAGUCGCAAAGUUUGCGGAUGUAUUUGGACUGAUAGACGCACAAGAUCGAGGGGGACGUGUUGUACCGGCCUUUGGACAUCGAACACCAAAAAAGAUUUUGACAGCGCAGCUCAAUCUCGCGGGCGAUCUGCAGCGGGCAGCAUCUGUUCACGGGGUUGCUGCGCAUGGUCUCUUAUAUGAGACUUUAGCGCAGACCUGGCGUGGACAUGAGCAGGUCAUCGUAAGCAAGCGUGAAAGACGAAGAAGGCCAGAUUUCGAGGCUUACGAAGAUACUAAUCCUUCAAACGUUACUCAGAGAGACAUGUCAAAACCCUGGCCGCCACGCCUUUGUCUACAUUCUUAUUCAGGCUCGGCAGAUACGAUCAGGCAUUACUUGCAUCCUUCUGUUCCCGUUGUGGUGUUUUUUUCAUUUUCUAAUCUCGUCAAUUUUGCAUCACAGUCGAAGAAAGCAGUCGAUGCUAUCAAAGCAGUCCCAGACGAUAGGAUCCUGGCAGAGAGUGACUUUCAUUGUGCAGGAAAGAGGAUGGAUCAUCUGAUGGAAGAUAUCGUGAGAAGUAUUUGUCGCAUUCGAUGCUGGUCAUUGUCACACGGUGUGGAGCAGCUUGCGUCAAAUUGGAGGCGUUUUGUGUUCGGAUUUGAGUGA